AUGACGGCCGCCACAACCGUAGAAAAAACCACCACAAUCACAGAGAAGAAGACCACCACCACCACAACCACAACUACACGGCGUUGCACCUCAACAACGCCCACAACCACAUCACCACGACGGAAAAUCCUCCGCCUACUCCUUCUCCCACUUUCCAUCCUCCUCCUUGCGGUUUGCGCCCCAUUAAUAUACCCUGACCUAUUCCUUACACAAUCACAAAUAGCACAAGUAACACAAUUUUUCGACUCCACACCCCUCUCCUCCUUUGUACAAUUUUCCACUAGCACCCCUCUUUCCAGCACCCUCAACAGUACCUCCAAUGCGGUUCGAGGUGGACAUACGAACAACUGGGCGGUCCUAGUCUGCACCUCCAAAUUUUGGUUCAACUAUCGACACAUAGCCAACACUCUCGGCAUGUAUCGCACAGUCAAGCGUCUUGGAAUCCCUGACUCGAACAUCAUUUUGAUGCUUGCAGACGAUGCCGCUUGUAACCCACGCAACAAGUUUCCUGGCAAUGUAUGGGCUUCCACAGCCAACCGACUCGACCUGUACGGACACAACAUAGAAGUUGACUAUCGUGGAUACCAAGUUUCGGUCGAAAACCUCAUACGACUUCUCACAGGACGCCUCCCACCGACCACUCCAAAGAGCAAGAGGUUGAAUAGCGAUGCCCGAUCCAACGUCUUCUUAUAUAUGACUGGACACGGAGGGGACGAAUUUCUCAAGUUCCAAGACUAUGAAGAAAUCUCUGCGGUGGAUAUCGCCGACGCGAUCGAACAAAUGUGGCAAAAAAAACGAUACCACGAACUAUUCUUCAUGGUAGAUACCUGCCAAGCUAACACCCUGUAUACUAAGAUCUAUUCCCCGAACGUGCUUGCGACAGGUUCCAGCGGGAAAGGUCAGAACAGUUACAGUCACGGAGCCGACUACGAUCUGGGUGUAGCUAUGAUUGAUAGAUUUACGAAUUUUGUACUGGAGUGGAUGGAAGGGAAGGAUAAGACGACUGAUGCAACGAUGAAGGAUUUGUUCGAGAGUUAUGAUUCUAGUGUGAUAGAGUCAGAUCCGGGGUUGAGGACGGAUCUGUUUGGGAGAGAGGUGGGGGAUGUCAAGGUGACAGAUUUCUUUGGGGGAGUGAGUCAGGUUGAUUUAACACCAGCAGUGGGGAGUGAAGAGGGGAGGAAGGGGGAGCCGUUUCUCAUGUGA